AGCCACUCGCUUACCGGUUCAUCUAUUAGGGUUUUCUUCGGUCCGAUGGGGUGGUUUUGGACAUUGGCAACUUCCUACGCAAUAAUGUAGGAUCCCCUUCUAUCGGAUGGAAGCUUUUCUUCGAUGAUAAGAUUCGGUUGAUUUUUUUUCCUCUCGCGAUAUAAAAGACUUUGCACCUAUCGGCAAUGCAUUCAUUUAUCAAUCACAAUCCAGCGGUGCAAGUGCGGUAGCAGACGGUUUACGGUGGAAAUUACACGUGGUGCGAAGUGGUGUUUAUUUAUAAAUAAAGAAAAAAGAAAAAGUGCAUCGUGAAGUUGUGGAGAUUUUCUUUCACUUCCCACUAGAGCGUGCGACGAACUUGUUGCGGAUAAUUUAGCGCAAAUUAAGCGCGAACAAAAAUGAAAACAAUGUUGUGGUUCAUUGGUUUAGCGGCGUUAGUUCUCGGAAUCGUGCGCGCGGAACCAGAUCCAGCCGGAUCGGAUGUACGGAAGGCUCGUCACCCCGCUAGUGGACCGACAAAUUAUAAUGCGCUUUCCACGCAAGAUAGUGAGAAUUUGAGUAAGUUGCAGAAUCAAGUGGCUCCAUCGGUGCAAAUUGCUCUAAAACCAGUUGGAACAACGACAAAAACUUCAGAGGCUUCUCCGUCAUACAGUAUUACCUCAAAUCACCCGCCAAGUUCUCAUUUACCGACAACAUCUACCCAGAACCUGCCUGGACAGUAUUACAUAUCGAUGACACCCCAUACUCCCGGCAACCAAGUAUUGGGCCCAGCAACCACCCCGCUGAUUAUGCAAUACAUCAACCCACAGGGACAGCCCACAGGAGGUAUACAGUACAUCCAAUUGCUACGUCCACUCAUCUACCCGUACAAUACCCAAUACGUCCAACCAAACUACAUUCAACAACACCAACCAUCGGCCAGUAUCAACCAGCACCCGCACCUGCACCACCCACAUUCACUGCCCCACUAUUCCGCUGUUCCGUCCCCGACUUCUCCCCCCAGCCUAGCAUCCACAACCCAGUCCAGCUUCGUUCCCUUCCAGCCCUCGUCACUGCCGCACUAUUCGACGGCCACAACUGCCGGUAACCAUCUUCAGCCGCAGAUGACAUACAGUAACCCUGUCGGCCAGUACUCGAGCCCGGUACUCUCAUACUACCCGUCUAGAUUCUCCCUCAUCAACACCCAUGGAGAUAUGACCCUCAACACCAACGAAUACAUGCCAUCGCCUGGUGAUCACGUCUACAUCAAAGGCGUCAAAACGAUGAGAGCAUAAGCUAGAUUCGUUGUGAACUGAAUUCAUCCGAAGCUCUGAUCUCCCAAAGUACCAUCUGUAAUCAUCUCGUUCAUUUUUAUUUCGCUUCCGUGUUUCGUUAUUGAGAUUUCUUUAUUUAUAAUAUUUAACACAAUGUUUAAUUGUAUUUAUUUGUGAUAAAAACGAAAACCAGAAAAUUUUUGGAAUUCUGACAAAAUUACCGCGUAAACCUUUACGAUAUUAUCCAAAUUGGAAUAUUUAUUAUUGAUGGAAAC